AUGAAGGUCAUCUUUAUCGACUCCAACCCCGUUAUAGUGAAAUGCUGGCAGCUUCACUACCGCAAAAUCCAAAAACUAAUCAGCCAGUACCAGCUACCGCUUAUCCAGCCAACCACAUUUGAAUUUCAUGCUACAACAAUUGAAAACUAUGUCGAACAUCAAACAUUGCCCCGCGGGAAAACGUCAAUAGUCACCCCCACCAACUCUUUGUCCUACAUGGGCAGUGGGUUCGACCAAUAUCUCCUCAAGAGCCUCUUGCUAGGCACCAGCACCGUCAACUACAAACACCUCGAAAAUAUCAUCCAAAACCACCAAUUGACGCGAUAUCGCGGCUAUUUGAUCCCCAACCACAUCUACAAAUACAACUUGCUCCAACUCCCGCAAACUAGCGAGUACAACUAUAAAGAAACUUUGGCUUAUACUCACCUACAUAUCACGGAAAUCAUCCAAAUCCCAACAAUGGUGAUCCCGGAAAAGAUCGACCACUCGCACAUUUUGGAAGCCGUGUGGAGUCUAUUGACUCACUUGACUCAAGAAGACCCCGUCCAGCCAGACAACUUAAUCAUACCGGGUCUCGGUACAGGGUACGGGAAACUAAGCGAGUACGACUCAACCAAGAUCAUGAUCUUUGCCAUGGUGUUGUACAAUUUGCAAUUCCCAAACCUGAGAUUGGGCCAGUUGAAAAAAUCACUCUUGAUUUUGUUUUUUUUCAACAAGCAGUACCGAAUGUUUCAUAAUUUUGACGAUGUGCAAGAGUUGGAGGAUCAUGUGGUUAGUGAGUAUGGCCAAAGUAUAGAGUUGCACCCGGGCCAGCUUAUGGAAUUGGACCAAUUGUUCAAGUGCGUUCAGCUUUGA